CUCAUCUUCUAGAUAAACAAAAUCCCUAUCAGAAAACGCGUUAUUGCUCACCUAAACCUCCCUAAAUUACUUCCAAAUAAAAAAUCAAAUCCAAAACUUCCUUUUUCAUUCUACAGUUUCCUUUUGCUUUGACAAAUUUACACGCCAUCAUCCCCACCAUUUCCUUGAACUUUCCUCAUUCACAUUUUCCUUUUUUUUCUUUUGUAUAUAAACUUCCUCUUCUUCCUCUCCACUCAUUUGAUAAAUCUUUCUCAUACAUACCCAACAAAACCCAACAAUUUCUUACCCUUUUCCUUUACUUUACCCUUACUUUUUACAACAUAACCAAAUGGAGAACAAUAAUCAACAAUCUUUCUACCAAUUUAGUGAUCAACUUCGUGUUCAUACAUCAAAUUUAGCUAAUCUUUCCCUUAAUGAUUCCAUUUGGAGUGUUAAUUCAUACCCAUCAAAGAAAACAGAGAAUCGGAGAAAUUUUGAUAUUCGGGUCGGAGGAGAUAUCGGAAAUGGUAGUAUUGAAUCCAAGUUUAACAACAAUCCGGUACCAAACUCCGAUUUUAACAACUCAUUCAAUGAUGGGUGGAAAGUUGGAUCCGGGUUCGGGUCUGGGAUUAAUCUUAAUGGUGGAUUUAAUAAAGGGAUUUAUUCAAAGGGUGUUAAUCAGGAUAAUCAGUUUUUGAAGGGGUUUAAUGUUAAUAAUAAUAUUGGAUUGAAAGGGCAUAAAAAUGUGAAUUUAAAGGGGGAUGAUAAUGGGUUUGGAGGAAAAAGUGGAAAGAAGAAUAAGGAGGUGAAGAAGGAAAAUAAUAAUAAUAUUAGUAAUAAUAAUAAUAAAGAUAAUAAUAAUGGGGAUGGUAAAAAUGGGGUUGAUAAGAGGUUUAAGACUUUACCACCAUCUGAAGCACUUCCCAGAAAUGAAACUGUUGGUGGGUAUAUUUUUGUUUGUAACAAUGAUACCAUGGAGGAAAAUCUUAAGAGACAACUUUUUGGGUUGCCGCCACGUUACCGGGAUUCAGUGAGGCAGAUUACUCCUGGUCUACCCCUUUUUCUUUAUAACUACUCCACCCACCAGCUUCAUGGUAUAUAUGAGGCUGCCAGUUUUGGAGGAACUAACAUUGAUCCAUCCGCCUGGGAGGACAAAAAGAAUCCUGGUGAAUCGCGCUUCCCUGCUCAGGUGAAAGUCCAGACUCGAAAACUUUGUGAACCUUUAGACGAGGAUGCUUUCAGGCCAAUCCUUCAUCAUUACGAUGGUCCAAAGUUUCGCCUUGAGUUGAGUGUGCCAGAGGCACUUUCACUUCUGGAUAUUUUUGCCGAUAACAAUCAUGCUUGAGAAAAAUACAACCCGAGUUUAGCGGGUAUUCUUAUACAACACAGAUUAAACUUUUCUACAAGAUAUAACAUCGAAAGAGAGAUAAAUAGAGAGGUAGUAAGCAAGUACAUAUGUUUUUAAGCGUGAUGAAAGUUCGAAGACAAGGAAUGCAUACAAAGUAGCGAGAAUGUGUGAGUUUGUAAUAUAAGUAUAAUAGUACAUGGUUAAUGUCAUACAUUUUGUAAAAUGGGCAUAUAGAUGUCGUAUGUCGUACAUGGUUAAGGUGCGAGUUUGCUCGUAUAAUGUACGUACGAUCGGGCAAGAUAAAUAAGUAGUUUGCAUUAUAAGAGCUACAAAUAUGUGUUAUUUCCUGGUGCCAAGCUACCACAAAGGAGUGGAGUUGGUGCUGCUGUACUAACUUAUGCAUAUUUGAGGAUUAUAUGGUUGUUUAAAUUUGAUAUGUUUUAUCUA